AUGUCGUCCGAUCAGCCUGGUGACCCUCUUCCACCUGCGCGCUGCGAAGUCCAGCAUAGACGCGACCACAAGCAGCUGUGCGAACUCAUAAAGGAGAACCGGCUCGAUGUCAACGAGCAAGAACGGAAACUGCGCGCCAUAUCUCGACUUUCUGGCAAUGCUGGCGAUGUCUUUGAACAGUGGCGCGGUCGCUUCUGGAGACUGGCUGAGAGCAGACCGUAUAUGAUAGCCCGCCAGGGUCUGGUCGACUCCUUGCUCAACAUCAACACUCGCAUGGCGUCCCAGGAGGCAGCUGACCAUUUGUGGGACAUGCUUCAGCUCGCACGCAACGAUGGCAUGGGUAUCCGCAAUCAGCUGCCUGGUCAGCUGCUAAGACUUGGCCAAGACCAGGAGGCCUACGACUUCAUGAAGUGGUGGACUGUCACCGAAAACGACGAUCAGCACGACGCGUCUAACAUGAGCCUGCCGUAUCUCGACGUCCACGGCGCCGAUGUCUUCGAGCCGGUGGCGCUCUUCAUCAAAGAUCCGCCCAUAGGAGAACUGACCCCCCGUGUCUGCGUAACCCUGAUCAAGCUGCGGCUCCUCAACGACCUUGAGACUCUCCAGAAAGCCCCCGGUGCAUCGCUAGAGAGCCGUCGGGAAAGCGUAGGUCCCAUCGUCAAGAAGCGAGAGGACAUCUUGAACCGAGACGACCAAGGACCUUAUAUCGAAGAACUGAAGACACAGAUCAAGGCACUAUAUGAGUCUGUCAAGCAGUCGAACAACUACUUCUGGCCGGCUCUCUGCAGCCCUGCAAAGACCAUGAACCAGCCUCUCCCGGGUAGCUUUUCCCCCGGAUCGCCGCAAGAAGCACAUGUCAUGUUGCGGUAUAAUGUCGACAGCUGGUACGAGACGAAGGGGACGACGCGCCCUAUUAAGGUCUUGAUGCGGGGAACAUAUUGA